AUGGGCACAUAUUCCAACACCUGCUGCAAUGUGCUUGAUACUCUAUUCCGAGCGCAAAAACGAGCCGCAGGGCCCGUCACCGGACGAACCCGAUCCAAAACGAAGAGCCGAAGUGCUCGAAGAUCAACUACCAAAAGCUCAGCCGCGAACAGCAAACCUUACAAAAUAGAGGCUGGUAUACAUCGUCGCAAAGCAAUCAGCAAACGAGAGCAAGUUUCCGCCUCGGAACGUCUAUGUAAGAAGAGGCUAGAACUGGAGACAUACCUUGAAGGUGAUGAAUUCCGCGACCAUUACGGCUACACCCGUUUCUCUAUCUACCGGCGAAUCCGGCAAUUCACUCCCCUGUCACCAACCGGUGCUCUCGGUACAAUACCGAAACCACUGCCCACCAAAGUUGAAUCGCCAGAGCGCCUCGAAGCAGCUAGAAAACGGAAGUUGGCUGGGCGGACUUCCCUAUCGACCGUAGAACGGAUGAUGACAGACGAAGAGAUGGACAUGGAGUGGAGCCUGUUGCCGGGAGAGGCGCACGAGAAUGAGCUAGACUUUGGAUUGGAGCUGGAGGUUAUGGACUACGAGACGGUAGAUGGGCAGACGUUGGAGGCGCUGUACGAAGGGAAGUUUGUAGAAGGUGUGUGGAGGGAAUUGGCGGUACAGCGCCAGGAAGAUGGUGAGAUCGUUGCGGCGUGGGCAUCAAGCCAGGAAGCGUGGUCCGGAAAGGCUCGGGAGGGUGCGGUUAUGGAUGUGCAUUGUGUGAAAAUCGUGAACAGCGUGUGGGGGAGGGUUUGA